AUAACCCUGGCCCUGAAUCAACUGUUUCCGACCGCACGAGCUACUGUGAACAGUCAAAGUAUGUCUAAAAUGGCCCAUCUAGUAGCGAUACUCCUCAUUGUGACGACUGCACUUCAUGUGGUUCAACCCCAGGCGGUGGGCACGGAUUGUAAUGGAAAGACCUUCCUCUGUUUGGACACCCAAAGUUUCCAAACCUGCUCGCAAUCCUCCAGUGGUCAAACUCAAACCUUUGACACAACAGUUAACGCAUGUCCAGUCAAUCAACUCUGUAGCAAUGCAGACUCAAGUGCCUGCAGCUCAUCGACAACUACCCAAGCCGGUACUACGACGUCAACGACUGCACAACCUUCCACAACAUCCCAGCCAAUGACCACCACUACGGAAAGCCCAUUUACAUGUGAAAAAUCUGGUCGAUUUCCACACGAAUCCGAGUGUCACGAGUUCUACCUCUGCCUGUGGUAUCCGUUUGGUAUCGUUAAAAUUGAAAGCACCUGCCUGUUCGGAAUGGUCUUCGAUCCGACGACGCAAAGAUGUGCCCAGGAUCAGACCAAAUGUCAACUGCAGCAGCCGUCAUUUACCUGCACAUCGGCCGGAAAAUUUCCGGAUCCCUCGGAUUCGACCAGAUACUUCCUGUGUCGCUGGAAUGGAACGCGAUACGAACUGUUGAAGAAGACCUGUUGGCUAGGUUUUACGUUCAAUGCAGACCAGUCUAAAUGUAAUGGAUUUAUCGGGUUUUAAAGUCUUGAAAAAGAAACUACACCCAAUUUGCUGACGAUAAUAAAUAAAAUUGCUAUAUUCGGCUAUAUUUGGAAACGGUGAUCACAUUGCGUAGAUAUUUUAAAACUUAAU